UAAGGGCCGGCAGGUUGCCCGGCCCUCACAUUUCGCCAUGGAGCUCGGGGCGUGUUUCCGGACGUACCGGGAGUUCAAGGAGUCCCUGUGCGCCUACCAGCAGGCCCACGGCUCCCACUAUAGCCUGCGCAGCUGCACCUCGGUGCGCUUCCACAACCGGGAGCACGGCACGGCCGUUCGCGAGGAUGUGAUGUUCAUGCAGGUGAAGUUUGGUUGUACCCGGACCCAAAAGUACAAUAAGAAAAGGAAGAAGCAGCCCAAUCUGUGUCCAGCUUACUUUGUUUUGCAAUAUAAUGAGGACAUAGAUCAACUGGUGAUCAGUGAGCUAUGUAGUGACCAUGUACAUGUGGACACGGAGUUUUUCCUGACCGGUGUUGGCAUAACCAGAAGAGCCAACACCACAGCAGAUGGCAGCCCUGCAGUCAAGCUGUGCAGGCAACAGGCAGAAGGGACCGAAAGCUCUAACGAGGUGGAUGAGAAUUUGCCUGAGGCUGAGCAAGUUGUGGAUGGAGCAUCCGCCCUGUGCAGGGUUCCUGCCCUCUCAGAGGCAGGGAAGGAAAAUGAUUCUCCCUCAGCAGCAGACAGAGUCACGGAAGUAGUGAAAAGCUGCCUGAAUGCAGACAGUGGGGCACUGGCUUCACUUGAUGUAGGCAGUGAGCAGGGGCUGGAGAGGCUCAACUUCCAGACCAGCAAGAUGAAGAGCUUAUUUACAAAGUUUCCUACCAGCCUUCUGUUGCACAGGGUACAGAGCCAGGGAGAACAUGUUCUCUACGUGCUCUUAGUAGAGAGUAAAGAGCGAGUGGGGAAGAUUGUGCACUGGUCAGUGCUGAAAGCUGACAAGGGACAGAGCAUCAGCAAAAUGCUGGCUGUUUUCAAGGAGUUCAAUCCUGAGUGGCGAAAGGUGAAGGUUGUUUUUGUGGACACGUCCUUCCCUCACAAAGCUGUCCUUCAGGAGCUCUUUCCUUUGGCUCAGGUGCUCCUUUCUGUCUACCACACUGUCCGACUGCUUGAGGAGAAUGUGAAUGCAGCAGAAAUGCCACUUUCUGCCAAGCAAGAAAUGAAGCUGGCCUUGAAGAAUGCAGUAUUUUCCACUUCGGCUGACAGUCUGGACACCCUGUCUCAGAUGAUGAAGAGCGUGGUUAACGCGGAGCUGUACGCCUACCUCCAGGCCAAUUGGUUCUCCUGCGAGCUGCUGUGGUACAUGCAUACCAAGAAAGGUCUUCAUUCAUGCAGUGCACACAUUGACAGUCUGGAUCUCGUCACACACCGGCUAUCUGCUCUCUUUGGCCAGCACUCCUCCUUGGAGGCAAGCGUUCUCCAUUUACUGGAGUGCGCAGAGUGUCUCGAUUCCAAACCUCUGGAAAGCUCCAACUGGAGUCCCUCGUGCACCAAGGACUGUCAGAGAGGCUUCCAGGAGAAACCUGAAGCGCAGGUGCACACCACCACAGAACCAGAUCCUCCUUUUGACUCACAGGUUCUCACUGAGCACCCCGAGCCUCCCAGGCAGACGGUGCCCAGCGUGGUGGUGGAGGGGCAGGCCUGCAUGCUGGAGGAGCUGCGGGACUGCUCCACGGCACAGGGCUACCAGCUGUGUGCCAACGAGUGGGAGGUGGUGCAGAUGUCCACGCAGCUGAUCAGCGCCGUGCCGGGCGGCGUGGAGGUGCGGCUGCUGGAAGACGUGCACCGGGUGAGCGACGACUGCCGCAGCUGCAGCUGUUACUUCCAGCACCGCUACCGCCUGCCCUGCCGCCACGUGCUGGCCGUGCUGCACGCCGAACGCAGGAGCGUAGAGAGCGGCAUGGUGGGCCACCGCUGGCGGCGGAAAUACGAGCAGCGCGCCGUGCCCGCGGAGCUGCCGGAGCACAUGGAUAUCCCGGGGGAGGCGGAGGACCGGCGGGACCGGAUCCAGGCGCUCAGCAAGGAGCUGGCCAACCUGCUGCUGCAGAGCGACGGGGCGCAGCUGGAGGAGCGCAGCUCCGCGCUCAGGGCCAUCGUGGACGCCUGGGCCGAGCAAGGUGGGGACAAGGAGCGCGGUGCGGAGGCGAGCCCGGACCUGGGGGUGAAGCAGGAGGCGGCGGGCGCGCCGUGA